GUAGCAGGAGGGAGAUUAGAAAACUGUUUAUUUUAGUUACGUUGUAUUAAUACCGUUGUAUUUACGUCUUUAUUUCAGCGAAAUGCAACGGGAAAGAUUAGAUUUGAGUAACAGAAAAGUGUCCGGUGGUAUAUGGUUAAGAAAGCCGGUCCCCGCAUUAGAUGGGUUGAUGCUUGAGAUCACGCAUUCGGCCCCCGGCAACCAUCCGCUGGACAGCAAGAACAUCAGGUUUCUGCAGCUCGCGUAUGAUGAUGUCGGAAACAAAAUGCUCACUGCAGACCAGUAUGGUGACAUAUACCUACUGGACUUCAAACGAAACAGGUUCCGACACUUACAGCACCUGAGCAGUGCUUGUACGGCUCUAGCAUUCACCGCUUCCGAUUCCAGACCGACAAAAUACCUCGCCGGCCUAUCAGACUGCAGCUUACGCUGCGGAGAAACAGAUACGGGCGCGGUCGUCGGGUGCAUGAAGGGACACGCGACACCGAUCCACAGCAUCUCGUCGCAUCGCCAUGGCGACCUAGCCGUGACGACGUCACAUGAGACGGCCAUCAUCUGGGAUCUGUGCACGUUUGCGAAGCUACGCAGGCUCAGCCUCCGGCAGGAGAUCGACAUCGUCAAGGCGCUGUUUCUACCUAUGGGAGACAUGGUGUUGACGUCCUUCAGAGAUGGCUCCAUGUUUGCGUGGGCAUUUUCCGUUCACAAUCUGCAGUGUCAGUUCCAGCUGCCGAGGACACAGUGCGACACACACAUCUACACCUGCCUUACAGUGUCCAGCGACGUGCGAUACGUGGCGGCUGGAGGCAAGAAUAGGAACGUUCAUGUGUUUGACAUGGAGGCACGCACCCUGUGGCGCCUCCUGGAAGUGCCGGCGGUCAGCGGAGCGGUCAAACAGAUACAGUUUGUGCCCAACCUUUCGCUUGUGGAAUCCAACCUGAUUCUUGCGGCGCUGGCACAAGAGGGCGUUGUCUACUUCCUGUGCGCCGCGUCCUCGCUCGUUCUCUUCACGGUCGGUGACAUCGACGCUGUACCGGCGGAGGGCGGACGUGUGCUCCAGUUUGCCGUGAGCAACAAGGGAACGUACCUGCAGGGGCUGAUGUCGUCGGGUCACAUCCGCAUGUAUGACCUCGAUGCGAUUGCUGCGAGGAGAAGCGUGCAGAGAGUCGCUGCGUCACUGAGGUCGGCAACGCCCUCUACCAGGCGGUCAUCGUCCACUGCAGCUCCACUAACCGGACGGCUGACCGACAGUCCCAGCUGCCCGCGGAGGAAGCUGCGGGAGAGGAGGAGGGCUGCGUUUGAGGAGGUUGAACGCAGUCCAGCGCUGACCUAUGACAGGAAGAAGUUGGCCAUACUCUUACGACAAUAUGGGGAAUAUCCUGAGAAGUACAGACAGCCGGUAGCCUGGUGCGAUAACACUCUCUUCCUGCAUCACAGACAGCCAGUGGACGUGGGCAGCGUUGUGCGGGAGGCGUACAGGAUGAGCGAAGCCAUCGCGGACUCGGCCGCGCUGAACGUUCGCGCGAUCGUCGACGACUUUGAGCCACUGACGACGGGAGAGUAUCCCCUGUUUCGCCACUACCCGACUUACGUGGAGGACUACACGGAAAAGCAGCGGGAGUUGUACCGCCAACAAGAGCUAGAGUACCUCGCUAAGAGGAAGGAGGAGGUGGCCUUACAGACGAGUCUGCUACAAGAGGAGGCACUACACCGACAACUGAGGGAGCUGUACUCAGCGCCCUCUGGUAGGCACAACCGACGGGCUAACUCUGCGCACGUCCAGGAUACUGUGUUAUAGUUACAGGGCUGCACACUUCUAGAGCUAUGUAUUGUAAGGUUUAUUACAUGAUACCCGUCCAGAACACUCGUCACCUCACUGACGACGUGUUUGUAAUUAGACCUGUUUGUAUUUAGUUUGUUGUUCGUAGAGCUGCACAGUCCAAUCAUAUUACACCUCUGUAUCUAUUAGUCUGGCUAUCCAUCUGUCUGUGUAUCUAUUUAUCUAUCUAUCUUUCUAGCUAUCUAUCUCUC